CUAGGGUUUUAAGUGAUAUAAAACCUCUUUUUCGCUCUUCUUUACAGUCUCCAAUUCUCGCUGCAGCUCCCAUCCCUAGAAAAAAACCCUAAAAAUUUCAGUGAGGUGCAGGGAAGGAGAAGAUGGCGACAGUUCCGGGACAGUUGAUUUGGGAGAUAGUGAAGAAGAACAAUUCUUUUUUGGUGAAGCAGUUUGGAAGAGGAACCGCUAGCGUUCAGUUCAGCAAAGAGCCAAACAAUCUCUACAAUCUCAACUCCUACAAACACUCUGGGCUGGCAAACAAGAAAACAGUCACCAUUCAAAGUGGGGGCAAAGAUCAGUCUGUGCUGCUAGCAACAACUAAGACCAAGAAGCAGAACAAGCCUUCAAGUUUGCUUCACAAGUCUGUCAUGAGAAAGGAGUUCCCCAGGAUGGCCAAGGCAGUCAAAAACCAGGUGGCAGACAACUACUACAGGCCAGAUUUAACGAAAGCAGCCCUUGCAAGGUUGAGUGCUGUGAACAGGAGUCUGAAGGUUGCCAAGUCUGGUGUCAAGAAGAGGAACAGACAAGCUUUGAAGAUCCGAGGAAGGAAGUGAAGUAGGGGGUUAAGUUGUUUUGUGCUGUGAUUUCAUUGUUCUAGACACUUUUUUCCCUCUUUUUUGAAAUUGUCUUAUUUUGGUUCAUGGUUUUAGCUGGGUGGUGGAUUUUAUGUCGGUUUUGAAACAAAAGAGAAUCAUGGUCCUUGAUAGUAUGUUUUCCGGAUUAUACUAUGGUAAUUUUGAGCAUUUUGGCCCUUAAUGCAUUGAGAAAAACAUAGCAUUUGCUUCUGCAUUGGCA